AUGGGACUUCAGCCCUAUCUCGGUCUUCGGGGAAAUGCCCUCCUGCGAGCGGCGGUCUGGCUGGUCGUGUGCCCGGCCUUUACCUGCUAUGGGUACAACAUGAGCGUCGUCGGUGGUAUCUUGACCCUCGACUCGUUCAGCCAGCAAUUCCCGCAGAUGGACACCAUCAAUGCGUCGAAAUCCGAGGAGAAGCUCCGGUCGCAGAUCCAAGGAACCGUCGUCGCCCUGUACACCGUCGGAGGUAUCUUCGGCGCGCUCUCGUGCAUAUACCUCGGUGACCGCUGGGGUCGACGGAAGGUCAUCUUCAUCACCAACGUGGUGGCCAUCAUCGGCGCCAUCCUCAUGGCCACCUCCUUCAAGAUGUCGCAGUUCAUCGUCGCCCGACUGGUGCUCGGACUCGGCACGGGUGGAUACGUCGCAACUGUGCCCGUCUGGCAGUCGGAGAUCUCGCCGGCGCACAAGCGCGGCUCGAACGUGGUCACGGACGGUAUCUUCAUCGGCGUCGGCGUCAGCGGUGCCCUGUGGAUCGAUCUCGGCUUCUACUUCAUCACGGGCAAUUCCGUCUCGUGGCGGUUCCCGCUCGCCUUCCCGAUCCUGUUCUCGGUCAUGGUGGCGGUUUUCAUCACCAUGCUGCCCGAAUCCCCGCGCUGGCUCCUCAAACAGGGCCGCACAGACGAGGCCCGCCAGAUCCUGGCCGCCCUGCAGGACGAGCCCGAGCACUCGGCCAUCAUCAACGGCGCCAUCCACGACAUCGAGGUCUCCCUGACCCAGGCCACCGGCAGCUGGCGCGACAUGUUCACCAUGGGCGAGCAGCGGCUCUUCCACCGCGCCUACCUGGCGGCCACGGGCCAAAUGUUCCAGCAGAUGUGCGGUGUCAACCUCAUCACCUUUUACGCCACGACCAUCUUCCAGCAGUACCUGGGCAUGGACCCGAUGCGGGCCCGCAUCCUGGCCGCGGGCAUGACCCUGACGCAGCCCUUCGGCGGGCUCUUCGCCUUCUUCACGAUCGACCGCAUGGGCCGCCGCCCCCUCAUGCUGGUCAGCGCCGCCGCCAUGGCAGUCUCGAUGGCCAUCCUGGCCGGCACCACCUCCGCGGAGAACAACACCGGCGCGCUCGUGGUGGCCGUCAUCUUCCUCUACGUCUUCCAGUUCAUCUUCACCGUCGGGUACUCAGGCCUCACCUUCCUGUACGCGGCGGAGAUGGCCCCGCUGCAGAUCCGCGCGGCAGUCAACGCCGUCUCGACCGCCACCGUCUGGGCCUUCAACUUCCUGCUGGCAGAGAUCACGCCCGUCGGGUUCGCCUCCAUCUCCUACCGCUACUACAUCAUCUUCGCCGUCAUCAACGCGUGCAUCGUGCCCUCGGUGUACUUCUUCUUCCCUGAAACCAAGGGCCGCUCCCUGGAGGAGAUCGACGAGAUCUUCACGCGGUCCAAGAGCAUCUUCGACCCGGUGCGCGUCGCGCGCUCCAUGCCCAAGAUGCAAAUCGGACAUGUGCAUGCCGAAGCGGGCGACAGCUCCAGCACUGAGGGGCCUAUGGAAGGCGAGCUCAAGGAGGAUGUCAAAGCCUGA